AUGUCGGGGCACAUCUCAUCCGACCAUUCUCGCUCCGGCUCGAGAGCCUCACAAAGCGCUCGGUCGUCCAACGGCGAGGCUUAUGACACGACCCCUCGCCAGUCCCUCGGUCGCAAUUCUCGCGUCUCCAAUCCGAAUGUAUUCUCCGACGAGUACUCACUAGAACCCAUCCAGGCUGAUGAUCACAUCGAACGGGCCCCCUCUCCUGCGUCGGUUUCCUCUUCGACCACUCUCCGGUCCCUCCAUCCUACCCAGAAGACAGUCAGCCAGGCUACGACCGAGAAUGAGAAUCCGUUCGGGGAUGACGCUCGUCUGUCGAUCGAGGAGGCCCAUCGAUCGAGCCUUCCCCAGAAGGGUAUGACCGGCUUCUCAACUAAUCGAGGAUCGAUCGUUUCAACCAACAGUAAUUCCGCUGCUGUCCAGCGAAAUCAAAGUGUCUCUUCUCGAUUCUCGUUGCCCCGCGCCAUGAGUCCCUACACCGGAGCGACCGGACCAAGUCAUCCCUACGCCAUGUACCCGCAAGUUGGCGUGUCCCGUUCGCCAAGUGUGGCUAGUUCUGCCACAAUCCGCCAACACGAUCGGAUGCCGGAUGAAUCUAGUGGUCCCCAACAUCCUUAUGCGAUGUACCCGCAAAAUGUCGUCGACGAAGAGAUGGAUGCCAGUGUGAUCCCCGUUGGUUUUCCGGGUCAUAAUCCGCCGUAUCAACCACCACCGGACCGUCGCAAUAAUGAUGUGGGUGACAUUAUUGGGGCUGAUGGGCAUGCUGAGCCAUUGCCACCUUACUCACGAUACCCUACCGGGGUAAUUCCAAAGCCUCCGGGCACCGAACCAGCGCCUGAACCAGGCAUCAUCGCAGAGGCUGAGCAUUUCCAUGCCACAUCUCCAGUGCACCCACAACCUUCAUCAGACGUCACCGCACAUGCCUUGGCACCUCAAUCUUCUGGAAGUACCACGGCGGUGGAUAAUGACUCUCGGGAUGACAGGGAGGGUGUCGCGCCUGCUACUGGUAUUAUGGCAUUCGAGGAAAAGCUCAAACACAAGGGCAAGAAGACAGUGUGCUGUGGUUUGCCCAUUUGGACCAUCAUUCUGGUCGCUACAGUUUUGUUGAUCGGUGGAUCCAUUGGUGGCGCAAUUGGGGGUAUCAUUGGGGGCAAGAAGGCCGCCGAUGCAAAUGAUCGUCAACCGCCCGGCGAGUCACAUGGACCGCAAAUUGUCACGGUCACCGCAACCCCCUCUCUGGAUUAUUCAACAAUGACCAGUUCUCCGACGAGUUUUAAGCCACUGCCAACAGGGCAUUUCGCCGUCCCUGCGCAAUUACACAAUUCUUCGCGUAUGUGCGUCGAGGAUAACAAGUUCCGGCAUUCCUGGAGCUGCAUGGAUAAACCAUCAGCCUUGGACAUCUUCUUUGGUGGGGAGAGUGGCCAUCACUCGGUCGUGUUCAGUAACGCCAGUCCCACGUCCACCUUCACGUAUGGUGCGCAACCGCCGAUUUUCCCCACUCCAACACAGCCUCUUGGCUUCGCACUCGACACUAGUGAAACAGGCCUAGGCCCAGCCCUGUUUUUCUUUGCCCGGUUUGAUAAGCUUGUCAUAGUACCCGAAUCUCAGUUUGAGUCGGCAGGGUCCAUCUCUGCACGUUCUUUCAGUGGCGAUGGAUCCUUUCUUGAUCGGGUACAUCGCAUGCAGACUGCGCAGCCUGGCGAUAAGCCUUGGUUCUGCUUUUGGAACCAAACAAUGAUGGAAAUGUUCAUCUACGUCAAUCAAUUCACAGAUGCAGCGAUCACUGACAGUAUCCUCGUCUCAUCGGAUGUGGCCACCGUAACAGCAAGCCCCACAUCCACGCCCAGUGGAGGCAAUCGACCUCAAUUCCCGAGAAAAGUCAAGAUCGAAGAGCGGCGUGAUUUUGCUGGGAUUCAACAGCCAUAUUGUCAGCAAAUGCAAGUGGGCUCUGACGGUCAUAUCACGGGACCCAUCCAGAGCCAGAUUAUCAGUAUUCAAGAACGAGAGCCGACUCCAACGACAACCUACACAAACACGAAUGACGGCGCACAUCAAACUUAUACGGCAAAGGUGCAAUUCGCAACUCCAUGUUAUUGCCUGUCGACAACUGAUUAG